UAGAAACUUAUUGUUUUUCAGUUUUUAACGCUGGUGAAACACUGGCUGAAACUGACUAAAAUUGCCUCAAUUCUACUUGGAACUGCAAUUGCAACAAACACAAGCAUUCUUCGUUACAAUGCACUGGGUGAUCGUCAUAACGCAUCGAGAGUGAUCAGGAAUAAUCACGAGUUUUUAAUGUAUUGACAUACAAGUUUUAUCGCUCGCAAACGGCAAUUUGCGUGUGUUAUGCAACUUGCAGGAAGUUGCAUCAAGGACUGAGUUGGAUUUCUCACUGAUACUCAUGUAUGUAUUAGUGUUUUGUUCCAACGGAACAAAUUCAAGCGUUCGGAACAGAAGCGUUUGGAUAAACGAUGGGUUGAUACGAGUUUAAAUACUUUCGUUUGCGUUCAGAUAUCGCUGAUCCGUUACGCAACGUUAGUGCGCUUUAAAACAAUAUGAACACCUUGCUUCGAACAGUAUACGAUGCUUUACAAAUCUGUACAGGUUCAGUACACAAAAAUCCAAUCGUAUUACCGAUUAUUAAUAUAUUGCCUUAAUAAUCAAGUUUUCUAAAAAUACAUCCACGUUAAGAAGAUACGAAUGAGAUGUGAAAAGCAACACUUUGUGUAUCAACUCCGGGAUCAUUAUCAUCGUAAAUAAGUAGUAUACACUUGCGAUAAGCCGUGUAGAUUAAUAACUAACUGCGAGGAAGAAAUUUCCCUUUCCGACUGUCUCAUAUCAAGAUGUUUUUUCUGAUCCUGUUGGAUGCGGAUUGCUCCGGCCGCAUGUUGGCUACUAUCCUGGUCGCAUGGGUAACAACAGCAAUGAUAGCCUCGAUAUUACUGCAAUGGGAACACAUGUGGGUUGUUUUGGUAAUAUUGACGUUACUUUUCUUCUUGGUUUGUGGAUAUACCGUUUACACCGUGAAAAGAACUCACGCGAGAAUUCUGAUCGAACAACAAAGAGCAGCGAUUCGGACUGUCUCGGACAUUACUACCAAUCGCAGACAGGCGGAAUCGUCAGCGUAUGCAGUGCAUUCUUCUCCAGAUUUACCACCGUCUUACGCGUCUGUGAUGACUGUUCAGGGAACAUCGAGGUCUACUCAGAUGUUAACGACCAUCAACCCAUCCAGCGAGGAUAAAUUCGAGAAUCCUCCACCGUAUUCCAUCGUAAUUGCAUCUAUAAAUGCGGCGCAAGAGCAAAACGUGGAAAUGUCAAGAGAACGGCAUGUACCGUCCACAAAAAAAAACGAAGUUGCCAUUUUAACUACUUCCACCCUCGCCUCCGUGUCUCAAACGUAUCCACAACCGAGAUGAUUUAUAAUUAAUUAAAUUAGUCUUGUAGAAGAUACAAAUGGGAUUCACAUUGAAAAAUGCUUUGAAA